CCCCGUGCUGGACUUGUCAAAUCUUGUAGACAAGAUCGCUGCACCCGAGUUCAAAAAUAGUGCUGCGGUUUCCACUGAACGCGGUAUACCAACGAGCUCUGGAAAAGCCAAGCGUAAAACAGUCGCGCAGGUCCACAGCGCGGGUGUCGCUACGUCUAAACGUAAACGAUCAAGAUCUCCCCCACGAUCAACAGACGGUGUGUAGCAUGUAUUUUUAUUUUUUUAUUUUAUUUUUUUAAAGAGUGUUUCAUCAUCCUAAUUAGUGCCGGUAUCCUAAGCAAUGUUUUGUGUUUUUUUCCCCAAACAGAGUCAGCUGUGAAUGAACCGAGCACUAUAGACUCUUGUUUGAACUGGAAUCAGGAGCUGUUAGAUUCGUGGGACCCAUGUGUAUUUACCCCGGUUCCCGGAGACGAUCUGCCUUCAAACCAAGAAGCAUUUGGUCGCGAUGCUACUGAUGUUAUAGACAAUAACAGAGACUCGGCGGAGGUGAUACGAACCGGGUUCAAGGCCAUCGAGGACCGUAUUGCUGGUUUUGAAAAGACUUUUGCCUGCGUCACCGAGCGUCUGGACAUUAUAGAGAAGAAUCAGCGUCUUUAUAAUCAAAGUCUUGUGGAAACUUUACAAAAACAUACCAUCACACAUAAAGAAAUCAUAGCAAACCAGAGGCGUCUUUUUGGGGAGAUUCGUCGCGUUGAUCACAAUCAACACCUGAAGGCGGAAUUGUUAAAACAGUUUGUACAGUUAGUUAAAAACAAGAAACUCGGGUGAGUUGUACAAUAAGUAUUUUAUACCCCUGUGUGUGUGUGUGUGUGUGUGUGUGUGUGUGUGUGUGUGGUGCGUUUAUUUGCUGGUGUGUAUCUGGUUUACUGUGUGUGAUUUUUACUAGUUUUUGUUUCAAUAAUAAAAAUGUCAAAGCGGUGUGGUGAAAACUCGUGUAAUCUGGGAACUGCAAUUAAAUUUAGAAGAUGCGACGACGAUGGUCUGUGUACUUUUGAACAGCGUUGCAAUACAGAGACGUUACAGGGUUUAAUUCGGACAAUGGAGGAUCUGAAUAGACAGCAGUCUACCACCGAUACUUUGUUGGACUUAUUAAACAUUGUUAGAUCAAUGGCUGAGGUUCAAACAGAGCCGCUGCCUAAUUCGUUGUUAGACAUCGGUUCAAAUUCGUUGUUAGACAGCGAUUCAAAUUCACAGCAGGUGGGGUGCGGGUCGGACGGUCAAUCGUUUAAUCCUUCGGAACCAAAUUUUGGGUUAUCCGAAGCCGCUAUUGAGUCUAUCGUAAGAGAGGGUGGGUCUGUUGGUGAUUAUACGGUGGUACCGAGACGCAGAUUUAAUGGUUUGGAGAUACGGCGUCGUAUAAACAUGCGUGUGAUAACCGCUCCAGACCUGGCAGCGUACGCUAUAUUUCUGCAUGAUAUCAUGUCUGAAAUAGUGUCGUUUUCCAGACUGCUGGCCGGCGAUGGGGGCUUAAUCAACAUUACCUUGAGAGGCCCUAGUCUACCCUCUGACGUUAACGCUGUCUUGUCACCUGAUAACGAUUACGAUUUGCACAUAUUCACACAACAACUAGAGAACAUUAUGCAGAGUAAUUCUGACGUACGGGCUGAUGAAUGUCUAGAUCUGUACGUGUCUAUAGCUCGCGGUAAACACGGUGGCGCUUAUCGAAAGAUACGUGAUUUAGCUCAUAACGAGGUGAUUGCCAGAAACAGAAUGAAUCUGUUCUGUCCCAACAACAUAUCUAACAAUCUGUGUUUUGCGAUCUGUCUGUCCCAUUUUCUACAACCGCAUGCGUCAUGUGGUGAACUCGAGUCGUUAGCCGCGUCUCUACAGAAAACUGCAGGGUAUUCGGUACAACAAAAGAUAGGGUUUAAUGACAUCACACGAUUUGAACGGUUGUUACAUGUUAAAAUAGUGGUGUUCCAUAGGACAUGUUCUGGUCUGUUGGAACACUUUACGAACAAUGACGAGCCUCAUAAUAAGACCGUGUUCUUGUAUUUACACAACGAACAUUAUUUCUUGAUUAAGAACCUAAAAGCAUUCAUCGGUACACCAUACGUGUGCGAACACUGCUAUCGUGGUUUUACUAGCCGCAGAGACCACAGAACCGAAAAUGAAGACUACGUAGGCCCAUACCCUGAUAAGCAUUUCUACGGCUAUGAGACAAUGUCUGACAAAGAGAGGGCUCUGUUUGAUGAGUGGUAUGUUACGGUGUCGGAGGCCAGCGGUUUCCCAGCACACGUUAUGACAGACGCAGACAAGGAAUCCUACAUCUCAGACUACUUUGAGAAAGAGGGGAUUAAGAUGGACGCCGAGAGGGCGACUGGGAACCUCCGUUGGGCCCCUAUCUCGGUAAUUUAA